AUGGAAUCCAAUGACUUCUAUGAUGUAUACGACACAAACCAACCCACUGCUUGGGAAGAGUACCAGCAUGAUUUAGAUGAGGUCGAUUGCCUCAGAAGAAGGAUCAAAUACUUCUUUAUGAACCCCUGCGAGAAAUACCACGCACGUGGAAGAAAACCGUGGAAACUCAGUCUGCAAAUUGUCAAAAUUGCCAUCAUUACGAUCCAGUUGGUGUCUUUUGGACUGAGCAAUCAGAUGGUAGUUACAUUCAAGGAGGAAAAUCUGAUGACAUUCAAGCAUCUUUUCCUGAAAGAUUAUGUUGAUGGUGGCAUGGACAUGUAUGCAGUUUACAGACAGGCAGAUGUCUACGAUCACAUUGAUUACAUUGUUACACAGUAUGGACAGCUGUACAACAAUACGGUUGGCAAUCAUGCAUAUGAGAAAAAUGGUAGCAACUACACUCCACUGUCCAUGUGUCAAGAGUUUUACCGGAACGGUACCAUCCACCCAGGAGCAGAAACAUUUGAGAUAGAUGCUCAUGUCGAUACUGAAUGCCUCGAAGUUUAUCCCACAUAUCCACCAUCACCAUCUGACAUACGUCAACACUUUGAGUUGCAUUUCAAAAGGCUGCUAUCCAUCAAGAUCUCAUUUGUUCUCAAGGCCAUAAAUUUACAGACUGUGAGACAUCGAGAGCUGCCAGACUGCUAUGACUUCACUGUCAUUAUCACUUUCAACAACCAAGUUCACAGUGGCAGGAUAAAGGUAGACCUGGAAAGUGAUGUGGGCAUCAAUGAAUGCAGAGACUGGAAAGUCACUGGGGCCUCUGCUAAACAGAUAUAUCUGACCGUGUUGUUCGACUGCCUCAUUGUUAUAACCUGCAUCGUCUCCUUUAUCCUCUGUAUGCGCUCAGUGAUCAAAGGAAUUUGGCUGAUGUUUGAGUACAACCAGCACUGCAGUAAAAACGGUGGGAGAGACGUACCAGUGCAGGAGAAGUUGGAGUUUGUGAGCGGUUGGUAUAUCCUGAUUAUUGUCAGUGACACACUGACCAUCAUAGGCUCCAUCCUCAAGAUGGCAAUCCAGACUAAGAUCCUCACAAGCUAUGAUGUGUGCAGCAUCUUUCUUGGCACGGGAACAAUGUUUGUCUGGAUUGGCGUCAUCCGCUAUAUGGGCUACUUUAGGAAGUAUAAUAUUCUCAUCCUUACACUCAGGGCUGCUUUCCCAAACGUUAUCCGUUUCAUCUGCUGUGCUGGAAUCAUCUACUUGAGUUACUGUUUUUGUGGCUGGAUCGUUCUUGGCCCUUAUCAUGAGAAGUUCCGGACCCUAAACACUGUGUCAGAGUGCUUGUUCUCACUGAUCAACGGAGACGACAUGUUCCCCACCUUCAAAAACAUGAAGCAGAAGAGCAGCCUGGUGUGGAUUUUCAGCAGGGUCUACCUCUAUACCUUUGUGUCACUCUUUAUAUACAUGAUCCUCAGCCUUUUCAUCACCCUCAUCACUGACACCUAUGACACAAUCAAGCAACAGCAGCAGAGUGGUGUCCCGACCUCCGAGCUGCAGAAGUUCCUGUCAGUGUGUAAAGAUCUGCCAAAUUCUGGAGUAUACAGACUUGACCAGAACAACGGCUGCAUUUUUAGCUGCUGCAUCAACAGAUGCAGGGAGCAACAAGAGAGGCUGACCUCAGAGGCGUAG